AUGGGGCACCCGCGUCUGACGCCACUUUCUUGGGGGCGGCGUAAUUGGCGGCGUCAGCGACCACAGCGGCCCUAUGCAAGAUAUCGCCCCGCCGCAGGCCGGGACCAAAAACCCACACACACACCCCCCUCAUUGCCUCGUGCGGUAGUGGCAGGCGCCACCGUCACCCAAGGUGAACACUCGCUUCUCAGGCGCAGUGCCGCUCGGGUGUUCGCAUGCGGCACGGAGACCUGUCGGGGGCCGCGCCCUCCACACACUGCGCCACGGCGACUGCCGGAAAAGCACACGUAUUGUGGGCCGCCCGCACCACGAUGGGGAAGAAGCGUUGCCGACUGCAACCACCGCGGCCCCACAAUUGUCUCGCCUCCCGAGAUGGUUGCCCGCCAGGCGCCUCCCACACGCCUCUCACCGCACGGCGCUGCCCCUCCCCGCCACAACACUGGCGGCAGCUCAGCACCGCUGCGACCACAGCCGCCGUCGCCAAGCGCGCCUCAAGCGGCGUAA